GGAAUUUUAAAUUGUAAUGGCUAAGAUUCUUUAACUUUUUCUCUCUGGUAAGGGAGGUAACUCAUUCAAACCGGAAAUGGUUCACACAAAACAGAAAGUAGCUAAUAGUGGGGAGGCACAGUACGGCAUCUUUUACUAAAGUGACAGGUACAUAACAGACAUCCAAUAGCAAUGAAAUGGCGGCAAUCCAUGAAUCCAACACUGCCAAUCUACAUCUCUGGGUUCCUAGACUUUUUUGGAGUGAGUAUGGUGAUCCCCCUGAUCAGUAAUCAUGCCCGAGAUUUGGGAGCUUCCCCAACUGUAGCAGGUUUUAUUGGUUCUGUGUAUGGAUGCUUACAGCUUUUUUCUAGCCCAGUAGUCGGUCGCUGGAGUGACGUGUCAGGGAGGAAGUACUGUCUUCUGUGGUCCCUGUUCUUCUCUGCGUGUGGCUACAUGUCAUUAGGAUUUUCCACCUCAUUGAUUGCACUGUUCCUCGCUCGUAUUCCAUUAGGUAUCUUUAAACACAGCCAAAGCAUUGCCAAGUCCCUACUAGCAGAUAUGUUACCUACAGAUAGGCAGUCCGCUGUGCAUGGCCACUUUAACUCUGUGUCCAGCAUAGGGUUCAUUCUUGGACCAGUGGUCAGCGGUCACAUCGUGGAGAUGGCUGGAGGAUUCUACAGUGUUACAUUCUUGUGUGGGGCCAUCUUCCUGUUGAAUGGAGUGUUGGUGUGGUGCUGUUUUCCUGAUGUCAAGUCCAAGUCACAUGACCUUGCUCGUGAUGAGUCAUCUACUUCCCUCCAAAAACUUGGGUCUGACGAAUUCAACUUUAAUCCUAAACAACUUUUUCAGUUAAAAUCUCUGAGCUGGUCAGCAUUUUGGGAUUUGUUUUUGGUGAGGUUCUGUUUAGGACUAUCCUUACUCUUAUUUAGGAGUAAUUUUUCGUUGAUGCUGCGAGAGAAGUUUGAUACGUCUCCAAAGGGUUUAGGUUACAUUAUAUCUUACAGUGCUAUUGUAUCAGCCUUGUGUGGUUUACUAGCUGGAAAGUUAUCUAGAUAUUAUAGAAAUGAUAAUCGUCUGUACAAACACCUUGCCGUAAUCAUGACACUAACCAUGAUUCUUUUUGUCUUCACUUCCACAUUUUGGUGCUAUGUGUUGCUCCUCGUCCCUCUGAGCUUCGCCUCGAUGAACCUAAGAGUGGUUGGUAUAAGUUUAUUGAUAUCAAGGGGAGGUACGCAAGAAAUUGGGGCCCUGAUUGGGCUCAGUCAGAGUAUCAUGUCUAUUGCAAGGAUGUUAGCUCCUCUUCUAUCAGGGAUUUUACUGGAGGUCAGUCCCAGUGGUCCCCCCUUGGUUGGGGCUGGCAUGGCUGCUCUGGCAGUGCUGGUAAUUACGGUCAAAUGGCGAGGAGUGGAACAAAGCAGGCCUAAAGAGGAAUAAAUCAGUACAGGUAUACUGAUACAUUUUGUCUGCAGGCAAAAGUAAUGUGAUAUAUUUUGAUCUUGUUAAGUUGAUAUGUGCCCGUUUCAUGUUAAUUUUUUUAAUGAUUAUUUUUUACAUAAAUUUAUUAUGAAAUUCCUGUGAAAGAUAAAUGACUUGUUUGAUGAUUAACUGUGAUAAAAUAACCUAUUGGCCUUUCACUGGUGUAGUUUUAAUGAUGCCUUUGGCAGUCUGACUCGUGUACUAAAUUCCUGAACAUGAAUUUUGGUUCUUUUAAAAACGAUUUUUACAUUUUCAUUUAAAAAAGUAUUGAUAAUGACAAAGGGUCUAUGCAAUGUAAGAAUGAACAUUUUUACAUUGAAGAUGCAGCUUUUAUGUUUAGGGGAGACAUACAAAAAUUGUCAUAUCUGAAAUAAUAGUUUCUGUAACAAUAGUCAUUAGACGGUCAUGUUGUACAUUAGGGGGGCAUGUAUACUUCUGGUGUGAAGGCAAUCAGUAGCAAGUAAUCUUUGUUGGAGUAGAAGAUUAGGAAAUUGAGACAGAACAUUUGGUGAAAUAUCUAGUACCCCAUCAUCAGACAUGCAGCCAGAGUCUGCUCACCUGUGUUUCAGCACACGUAUCGAACUACAAGUUGAAUCUCGAAAAAUUAUCUCGGAAAUGACUUAUUUUAGUACAUGAAGUAUUUAUAUGUACUAGUAUUGUAUCUAGUUCUAUUAAAAGACUACGGUGACAGGAGGAAAGUUUCACACAUAGGAUUGCCACUGUAAAUUAUACCUACAUUUCUGGUGAUGUAGACACUUAAACCUUAAUUUGCUGGGAUAUUCAACUGUGAAUUCUCCUUGUGUUUUAUUGAGAUAUGUUCUGGUGAUGAAGUCAAGUAUUAACAAAAAGUAAAUGAUUUAUAGAACUUGAUCACUGAUCUCCACCUAAUUCACUAAUUAAUUUAUCUCUCAUUAAUAUGUAAUAUUUUGUUUUAUGUAAUAAGUGAUAUAAGAGUGUCUUGUGUAGAACUUGAAAUUGCUGAAAAUCAUUUGAUUUAAUAAUAAUUUUAAUUAAUAUCCAUAUUGUCAAAAUUCUGAAACGUCCCAAGUUUUAUUAAAGCUCCAAUGCUUAAAAGCUUGAGUUCAAAAUUUCUUUACCACGAGGGGGUGGGAGAAAACUAUACAAUGUACAUUCCAUUUUUGUGAAAUUAUAAAAUAUGUGAUAAUUGUGUUUCUAUUAUAUUUCUUUAACAUCUGUUUUGUAUGGUAAAGAAACGUUUUCAGGGUAUAUUGUUUACCUUACUGUGAGACAGUUCCAUGUCAAAGGAACUUGUGUAAUUUUGUUUAUAUGAAUGGCAAUAUAGACUUCAAUGAACUGAUGACUAAUUUAAAAGUUAUAAAAGAAGAAGUGGUGAUGCAUGGGUAAUGCCAAAUUAUUUGAUGAUACUAAUUAAAAUAUAUUUUUUCAGAGAACAUUUACAAUGUGUAAGAUAAAAACAUCAAUCAUUUCACCUGUAUAAGUAUUUGUGCAAUCAGUUAUGUCCUGAUCUCACAGACUGAAGUCUUUACCUCAUUCGUUGUUUCUUUAGUAUAUAUUUAUGAGAAUAUGUUGACUCAUUAAUGUAUUGUAAAGGUAUACCUCACUGUAUUACAUAAUGGUUGUAAAGAAUAAGACCAAUGAUGUUGUUGACCAUUAAGUGUUUGGGUUCUAUUAUAAAGUUAUGACGUACAAGUAGUUAUAUGUGAAAUUUGUACAGAAAUGUCUUUAAUUCUAUAUCUAAAUACCAUUAUAUUUAUGUGUACAUUAUCACAUACAAGUUACAUUGUGAUAAAAGAUA